AUGUCGGCUCCGCUCCGUCGCACCGUGCUCCACAGCUUCCACCUGAGCCGCAAGGCCCGCAUGGGCCCCUUCGCCGGCUACGAAAUGCCCAUUCAGUACCCGGGCGGCGCCUCGCGGGAGCAUCUGCACACACGUCGCGCCGCCGGACUCUUUGAUCUCUCGUACUUCGGCUACAUCGAGCUGCACGGCGCGGACCGCGAAAAGUUCUUCGAGUGGUUGACACCGAGCUGCGUGUCGGAGCUGCCGGAGGGUCAGUCGGCGCUGACGAUCUUCAUGAACGAGGCGGCCGGCGUGAAGGACGACUGCAUCGUGUCAAAGCUCCCUGGCCACCUGCUCGCCGUGGUCAACGCGGGCUGUAAGGAGAAGGACGUCGCCCACCUGCGUGCGCGGCUAGCAGAGUUCAAGGGAGACGUCACCCUUGUGGAGCUCGACCGUGCGAUGGUGUCGCUGCAGGGUCCUAUGGCAGCAGCAGCACUCGCGCCGUACGUGGAGGACCUUGACAAGAUGCUAUUCAUGCGCUGCCGCCGCAACGUCCGCAUCAAUGGAAUUGACACCACUCUGACACGCUGCAGCUACUCGGGCGAGGAUGGCUUUGAUAUCAUCAUGAAGCCCGAGGACGCACUGCCGUUCGUCGAGGUUCUGCUGCGGAAUCCCGAGGUGCAGAUGUGUGGCCUCGCAGCACGCGACAGCCUACGCAUCGAGGCGGGGCUGUGCCUCUACUCGCACGAGUUGGCGGAGGACAUCGACCCGGUGGCCGCACGCAUCGCGUGGUGCGUGCCGCGGCGCCGCAUGGCGGAGGGCGGCUUUAUCGGCCACGAGCGCCUCGUGCAGCUUGUAGCGCGCCCGAAGGAGCUUGUCCCACGGGUGCGCGUCGGCGUCACGUCCGUCACGAAGGGACCGGUGCCGCGCACCGGAAUGCCGAUCCUCCUCGACGGGAAGCUGGUCGGCGAAGUGACGAGCGGCGUGCCGUCGCCCACCCUUGGACGCCACAUCGCGAUGGGCUACGCUGACCGCGCGGCAGCGACGGUGGGGCAGCUGGUGGAGAUCGACGUGCGCGGACGCCGUGUACCGGGAGAGAUCGUGCUACCGCGCUUCGUUUCCGCGCGGUACUACAAGGGCUGA